AUGGAAUGCAAUGAAAUCUGCCAGUCUGGAGUCGUUUAUAAUACUAAAAGCCCUGAGAAAUUUAUAUCUCGAACAAAACCUCUUUCUUCUGGAUCUUCUAUUUCCUCAUCUGGAGUAUCCUUUGAAGAUACAGUUUCUGACGUAUCACACUUCACAACUACUUUAAAAAAAUCAUCAGUGGAGGCCUGCGGUGAUCUAUUCUAUACACACUCGUCCUCAAGUGGAUUUAUAACAAAUCGAGAUGACUCAAAUACCAUUUCAUCCAUGUAUUCAGGCUCUAUUCAAGGUCCCCAAGUAUAUACUACUCCGAUUCUCAGAGAAUCCUCAAAAUUAAAUCGAUCUCAGCUUCAACAAAUUAGAAAGUCUUUUCUUCCUUACACUGGUUCUUCACAAUUCGAAGAUGACGAUUUAGAGGAAGAAGAGAAUGAGGAGGAAGAAGAAAAUGUCAUGGCACGCAGUGCCACCAUCCACAUUUCUACUGCGCAUUUCAAUCCAUCAUUAAAGGCGCGUGUCUCAGCCAUCUCCUCUCGUCCAAACGAUUUGAUAUGCAAAUCCAUGAACGAGGAAACGAUCUCCCCGUCAAGAAACGAGGAACUCGCUCUGACUGUGUCAAACUUUUUUAUCAAUUUGAAACACUCCUCUAUUCAAAUACCGCCACUGGAUGAGACUGUUGAAGCAACAACUGUGAAUCCCCUAUCCACUGAGGAGACUACUCCCACUGAGAGCUUUGGAUGUUUUAGGGCUUUUUUCAGGCUCUUUGCAAAGGAGGUCGAAUCUGUGGUGAAUCGUCAAAUAGCUGGAGUAGAACCUCAAUGGGAAUGGCCUCCAUCAGAAAUCCAUGAUCUGCAAUAUGUUGGAUCUGGUGCACAGGGAUCUGUCUAUAAAGCGACACUCCGGGGUCGCGUUAUUGCUGUUAAAAAAGUCAGUAAACAAUCUGAAACAGAAAUCCGACAUCUACGUGGUCUAUGUCAUUCAAAUGUCGUCCAAUUUCUAGGAGUUUCGAUCGAUGGUCCGUGGUACUCCAUUCUUAUGGAAUAUUGUCCGAAUGGAAAUUUCUUUGACGUAAUUCACAGCAGUAUUUCUGUGGGCAUUGAAAAUAUUAUCGACUGGACUCAGCAAAUCGCUCAAGGUAUGAAUUAUCUUCACAGUCACAAGGUUAUUCACCGAGACCUUAAAUCUCCAAAUAUUCUCAUUGGCGAAGAUGGUCAAUUAAAAAUAUCGGAUUUUGGAGUAUCAAAAGAAAUCACCGAAAACUCUACAAAGAUGUCAUUCGCUGGAACUGUGGCGUGGAUGGCUCCAGAGAUUAUGCGCGAUGAGCCCUGCUCCCUUAAAGUAGACGUCUGGUCUUUCGGAGUUAUUGUUUGGGAAAUUAUCACUUGUGAAAUACCGUUCAACGGAGUUGACGUUGGCGCCAUCAUCUACGGAAUCGCCAGCAAUCGUUUCAGCCUCCCAAUCCCAACUUCUUGUCCUACGGAAUUUCGCGUUCUUAUGAAGCGUUGCUGGUGUCCAAAGCCGCGUAAUAGACCAAACUUUCCGCAAAUCCUCUCUCAACUUGAAUUGGCUUGUUCAGAGUUACUUCAAUGGAGAGAGGAUGAUUUCUCAAAUCAUCGCACACUUUGGCAAGAGGAAAUCCACCUUCAAUUGAUGGUUGGUAUCGUUAUUCUUCUGCUUUUUGACAAUAUCGAUCUAUUAAAACAGUUCUCUUCAACGAGUGUCCAAAUUAUAGAUUUGUUAAAAGAAGGUUCUAGAGCACCGAAACUGGAGCUUUCAUUGAUGCGUCGACGCAGACAAGAACUAAAAGACGCACAAACUAUUCGUCAGAAUUACGAAGAGAAGUUGCAUCGGGUUAAUCAACUUUGCAGUCAUCUGAAAGCUCUUACAGAAGAACUCGAAAGGGAACAACGAAAAGUUAGCCAAGAAAGAAGUCGAUACAAACUUUUAAUGUACGAGAGAAGCCACUCUAUAAUCCCAUUCGGCUUUGGAAGCUUCGCGAAAAUGUCACACCCCCCAGACCCUCCAAGUAGAUCUAGUCGUCAAGUGCAGUCGAGGAGCUCCCAUCAAAGACGUCGAGAUGACGAGGCGGUGAAGUUCACGUGCAGAAAUUGUGGAACGGUGAAUACUUUCUGUCAUUCAACGGAUAGGACAAUAAUAGGACAAAAAAAUUUCGACGUGAGAAAUGUCUCGUCUGGGCAGAAUUCACGUUGGCUGAAGAAGUGGUGUGUGGCAACGAAAUCAAAGUUAAUUGAGAAUGCUUUCCUUAUGAAAACGAGACUUCGAAGAUUUGCUAGCGUUGGAGAUAUCCGUGAAGAAUCAAAAGCUAAAGGGCCCGAAAAGUUAUUCAAAUCAGUAAAUGUUCCAACAGAAGAUGAACCUACUGCAAUCGUUGGCCCCAAAAUGCUAUCUCAGGCCCGACCACUGGAUUCGGAACUAGAGGAGCAAGCUGAUGAUGAAAAGUCUUGCGAAAUUAGUCCGAGAGAAGAAAAUACUAAAGAUAGGAAUCUGAACCGAAUGGGGUAUAUAUCAGCUUUGCGAGACGAUAUACACUGCUCUAAAGGGAAAGAUUCAUCCAGUCUAGAAGUUGAAAGCAUGAGUCGAGAACAGAAGUUUAUCUCCUUAGGAAAUGGACAGAACUCACUAUCAUUAAAGAACUUACCAUUGAGAAUGUUCUUCGAGAAUGCAGAAGAAACGGAGAAUGGUAACAUAGGGUUUCCUGAAGAAUUUCAACGAGGUCACUCUGUUUCCUCAUCGUAUUCAACAGAAAGUGAUGAAGGAUUUAAUGGUAGCAAAGCUACUGUCAUCUUUAAGCAUCUGAAUUCUAGACCACAGUCGGGUGAUACCUGCCGUACUCGACCCCCUAAGGUACCUUUGCCCUCCCGUGGAGUUUCCAGCGAUCGUCUACAAGAACGAAGGGUGUCUCGACUAAAUGAAAAAAAUGAUGAUCUACCACCCUGUCUGCCUUCUGCAUCAGGUCCCACUUUGAGUAUCUCUCAUCGGUCCUCUCCACGUCUACGUCAGCAGCCAGGUCGACGCCUUCGACGCACACCACAAUCGUCACUUCCUGCUGAAGAUCCUUUCCUGUCUCCACCUACAAACAACAAUAUCCCAUCGUCAGUCAAUACUUCUCAAUCUCACGCUCUUGACAUAUCUCUCAACUCGUCAUCCAUAUCAACCUCACCUAGUUUAACAAAAAGUCAAAUGAGGCGGAGCAUCGAAAAAUUGACAAUGGAGCUGACAGAUCAUAUUGCUGAUAGUCUUUCUGAGAAAGAGCGACGGGUAGAUGUCAUUGAGCAACAAAUAUUGAGAGCGGCUUGUGAUAGACAUCGCUGCCUUCCAGUUCACAGUAUAGCUAUCGUUACCCACGACAAAAGAACUAGUGACACUUCAAAUGAUAGCUACGUUGAUAGUUAUCAAUAUGGAGCUGAUAAACCUUGGCUCAGCGCUGUCGAUUUAAGCUCAAAGAUUAAUGAUCUCUCCAUUGAUACCUCAAGCAUACUAGAUACCGCGUCAAUAGCUACAGAUACAGAUGCACAACUACUUUGA